UGCCAGGCCAUAUACACCAUGUUGGCAUGCAUGAACACUCCUUCUACUGCCGCUGUCCGCCGGGGUGGUCUCCGGACAGCUCGAGGACUCUAUAAGAGACCGACUCCUGCAUCUCGACCCACAACCAGAGCACGUCAGUUCACAUCCUCGAGGCAUUUGCGAAAUCCAAACUCCAAUUCCAAAAAGGACGACGAAUCGUUUGCUUCGAAGGCGGGGAAAGCAUGGAGGAACACGAAAAUCGAAUGGCGCCCGAUUCCUAUCGGUCUCGGCAUCGCGUUCCUUGGACUGUUACAGCUGUACCGAAACCAGAGAGACGCUGAACGCCUUCGAAAAGAAGAACUAGAGGGUGAUAACCCACCUCGCCGGAAGAGAAUACGGCCUUCCGGGCCCUGGCAGGUACAGGUUAUGUCUACACUGCCCUUAAAGGCUCUGUCACGGCUAUGGGGGCGGUUCAACGAACUCGAUUUACCCGGCCCUCUUCGCAUUCCUGGCUUCAAACUAUAUGCGUGGAUUUUUGGAGCCAAUCUCGACGAAAUGGCCGAGCCUGAUCUCCGCACGUAUCCGAACCUGGCAUCAUUCUUCUACCGCGAACUUAAGCCCGGAGCACGACCAAUAGACCAGGAUCCAAAUGCCAUUGUGUCGCCUUCUGAUGGAAAGGUACUUUCGUUUGGUAUGAUUGAGCGCGGCGAGGUCGAGCAAGUCAAAGGCAUGACAUAUAGCUUGGAGGCCUUGCUGGGAGGAGCAAGCCCAUCUCGAGAGGCCCUUGAGAGCCAUGGAAUCGAGGCUGCCGACUCGCUGGAAAGUCACGGCAGCAGCAUGGCGAUGGACGAGGAAUUUGCCAGAGUAAACGGCAUCUCUUAUACUUUGCCUCACUUGCUGUCUGGUUCCAAAGACCAAGCGAAAAAGAAGACGGCGAUGGAUGCAUCGACAGCUUCUCAAGAGGGGACAGAAGCCAAGGUCAAGGCUGAUCUAGCCUUGGGAGACGGCCGACCAUGGUAUGCACCGAAAGCAUCACACAAUGCUCUAUACUACUGCGUGAUCUAUCUUGCUCCAGGCGACUACCAUCGCUUCCACUCUCCGAUUUCCUGGGUUGUCGAAAGCCGCCGCCACUUUGCCGGGGAGCUCUACUCGGUGUCACCUUAUCUUCAAAGAACGCUCCCCGGACUCUUUGUGCUCAACGAACGAGUUGUGCUACUGGGCCGCUGGCGCUGGGGCUUCUUCAGCUACAUCCCCGUUGGCGCAACCAACGUCGGCUCGGUCAAGCUCAACUUUGACGCCGAGCUGCGAACCAACAGCCUGACCACAGAUACCGAAGCCGACAAAGCCGCCGCCGAAGCAGCCAAGCGAGGCGAGGCGUACUCGGGGUUUGCGGAGGCAACGUAUUACAAGGCCAGCCCGGCGCUGCGCGGCCACCCGCUGCAGCGUGGCGAGGAAAUGGGAGGGUUCCAGCUCGGAAGCACGGUUGUGCUAGUGUUUGAGGCGCCCAUGGGGGUGCGCAAGAGCUUCGAUGAGGGCUGGGGUAGUGGGCGUGAAGGUGGUUGGAAGUGGAAGAUUGACAACGGGCAGACGUGGGGAAGCGGCAACAAAAAAUGCCGGAGCCUUUUGUUUUUUCUUUGUUUUCUUUGUUUAUUUGCUUGUUCUGUCCUUCGUUCCCUCCUCACAAUGCCGCGACAAGUCCCUCGUCGCACGCCGGUCGACCCCUCGACGCCCGUCACAGGCGCACCGCAACAACAACAACAUCAACAACAUCGCCAACGUCAACCUCCACCAAUACGCAGCACUGCCACCGCCGGUGCCCCCGUUUUUGAGACACCCCCGGGCUUCCAGUUCCCUCCAGAUGCCGUUCAUCCGCGGCGAGGCGUCGAGACUCUUGUUGGAGCUCUGCCGGCCUGGCAAUUGCAACCACCACCACCGCAACGACAGCAGGCACGCUUGGACGCGCUGACUGCAGCUGUCGAAGGAAGACGAGAAGGCAGCCACAUGUCAGACUUUGGAGAGACCACAGAAGGCGAUGAGAACAACAACUUUGCUCGCGAGGUCGAGUUCAACGGCGUUAUCCAGCAUGGCGACGGGGACGAAGGGGGUGUAAUAGAUGAAGGCGACGAGGAGGAGGAGGAGGAGGAAGAGGAAGAGGAAGAAGAAGACGAAGAGCUAGACGAAGAAGAUGAAGAGAUGCACGACCGGGGUCGAUCGCCAUCCCCGCCUCCACCCGAGCUGCGCGAGAUAUCGUCGCUGGCGUCAUGGACCGUCUCAACACAUAAGCCAGGCUGCGGCGUUGCAGCACUGCGAGCCCCGACUCCAGAACAAUUCUGGCAGUCGGACGGACCGCAGCCACACACACUGACACUCAAUUUCUUCAAACGCGUUGCGAUUGUAAAGCUCCGAGUGUAUCUCGACUUUGACCUCGACGAGAGCUAUACACCCACAAAGAUGGUCUUUCUGGCUGGUAUGGGAGGGAAUGAUCUCGUAGAAUUUGCCGGCUGGGAGGGAGAGACACCCUGUGGAUGGGUUGAUAUUUCACUCGAGGGCGUGGGUGGUCGACACAGGAAGAGUACGAGAGACUCGCCGAUUCCUCGCCGUCGUCGUCAUCGCCAUCGUCGCCACGCCAAUGGCGCUUUGGGGAAUGAGUAUAUCGUGGAAGACGAGAGUGAUAGUCUCGAAGAUGAUGUCGACCCAGAUGACCCCUUUGACGGAAACGUGCUCAAAGCUAUGGUCAUCCAAGUGCGCAUCUGCGAGAAUCACCAGAACGGUAAAGACACGCAUGUCCGCGGAUUCCAAGUCUUUGCAUACGAUGAGGACAGACGACGAGUCGCUGCGGCGGCGGCAGCUGCAGCUGCAGCAGGCCAACAGGGGCAAAAUUCACAGGGCAUGCGCAAAUCAAUUCGGAAGAAUUCUCACGGUGAACUAGAUGCUACAGACGGGCAGAUACACGGCCUCGAUGAACCAGACUGGAUGGGCGAGCCUGUUAUUCGGUAG